AUGGGGCUCGGCGGCGGCGCUCAGUCGCUCGCCACCCAGACCGCGGGGACCUUCGGCAAGGCCUUCUCGUACUGCCUCCCACCGACUCCGGACUCCUCUGGGUUCCUCACCCUCGGCGCAGCAACCUCAGGUUUCUCCAAGACACAGAUGUUGAGGAGCAGUCAGGUCCCGUCGUACUACGGCGUGCUCCUUGAGGCCAUCAGGGUGGGAGGCAGGCAGCUCAACAUACCCGCCUCGGUCUUCUCCGGCAGGUCGAUCAUGGACUCCGGCACAAUCAUAACGCGGCUGCCGGCGACCGCGUACUCUGCGCUAUCGUCGGCGUUCAAGGCCGGCAUGAAGCAGUACCCGCCGGCGCAGCCUAUGGGCAUCUUCGACACGUGCUUCGACUUCAGCGGCCAGUCCACCAUCAACAUACCGAGCGUCGCACUGGUGUUCUCCGGGGAAGUCGUCGUCGACCUCGCCACCGACGGGAUCAUUCUGGACAGCUGCCUCGCCUUUGCGGCCAACAGCGAUGACAGCUCCCUUGGCAUCAUCGGCAACGUGCAGCAGCGGACGAUCGAGGUGCUGUACGAUGUUGGCGGCGGCGCCGUGGGGUUCAAGGCUGGCGCAUGCUGA